AUUAGCGUCUCCCCAGGCACUAGUCCGUAAAGUCCACGCACCCCGAUGGACUUAGCCAUGUCCGGGAUCUCAGAUGGAGGCGAUGGCACGGCCCACGCUGCUCCUGCUGCUGGCCGCCGCCCUGGCCCCGACCAAGACCCGCGCGGGCUCACACUGGAUGCGGUAUUUCCACACCGCCGUGUCCCGGCCGGGCCUCGGGGAGCCCCGGUACAUCUCUGUCGGCUACGUGGACGACACGCAGUUCGUGCGCUUCGACAGCGACGCGGAGAAUCCAAGAUACGAGCCGCGGGCGCGGUGGAUGGAACGGGAGGGGCCGGAGUAUUGGGAGCGGAACACACGGAUCGUCAAGGGAAAGGAGCAGAUUUUCCGAGACAACCUGAGGACCCUGCUUGGCUACUACAACCAGAGCGAGGGCGGCUCUCACACACUCCAGUUGAUGUAUGGCUGUGACGUGGGGUCGGACUGGAGCCUCCUCCGCGGGUAUGAGCAGCACGCCUACGACGGCCGCGAUUACAUCGCCCUGAACGAAGACCUGAAAACGUGGGCGGCGGCGGACUUUGAGGCACAGAAGACCCGGAGCAAGUGGGAGAGGGAAGGUGUUGCAGAGAGAAGCAGGGCCUACCUGGAGGGCGAGUGUGUGAAGUGGCUCAGGAGACACCUGGAGCACGGGAAGGAGGCGCUGCUGCGCUUAGAUCCCCCAGAGGCACAUGUGACCCUUCACCCCAGACCUGAAGGUGAUGUCACCCUGAGGUGCUGGGCCCUGGGCUUCUACCCUGCUGACAUCACAUUGACCUGGCAGUUGAAUGGGGAGGACCUAACCCAGGACAUGGAGUUUGUGGAGACCAGGCCUGCAGGGGAUGGAACCUUCCAGAAGUGGGCAUCUGUGGUGGUGCCUCUUGGGAAGGAGCAGAAUUACACAUGCCUUGUGGAGCAUGAGGGGCUGCCUGAGCCUCUUACCCAGAGAUGGGAGCCUUCUCCAUCCACCAACACCAACAUGGGAAUCGAUGUUACUUCUGUUUUUCUUGGACCUUUGGCUGUCUUUGUAGUUUUGGCCAUCAUUGGAGCUGCGGUGGCUGUUGUGAGGAGGAGGAGGAGGAGAAACACAGGUGGGGAAGGAGGAGACUACACCCCUGCUCCAGGCAGGGACAGCUCCUAGAGCUCUGAUGUGUCCCUCCCAGAUUGUAAAGUGAUGGUUUAUGACUCUCGGUCUCCAGCAUGAAGACAGCUGCCUGGAGUGGAUUGAGUGACAGACGAUGUGUUCAGGUCUCUCCUAUGACAUCCAGAGUCCUCAGUUCUCUUUAGACACCAGUAUCUGAUGUUCCCUGGGAGCCUGUGGAAUCAAUGUGAAUAGUUAUGGAGCCCAGCCUGCCCUGCACUUCAGGACCUGUCCCUGCACUGCCUUCCUUCCCUUCCAAGGCCAACCUUAGUGGUCCAUCCUGGGGGUGGGGGGUGGGGACAUCUGCAUCCUGUCCCUCCCUGCUGCCCUGAGCUUCAGCCCCUCACUUCCACACUGAGAAUAAGACUCUGAGUGUGAACUUGAUUGUUCACAUCCUUGACCCAAGUGUGGAUGGCUUUUUCAAUUACUGGAUGGAAUACUUAGAGGUUUUUCGUUUUGGGGUUUUGUUUUGAAAAAAAAAAAUAAAUGGCAGAUGGAGAAGCUUCCAGAA